AUCAGAACAACAACAACAAAUACAUUUCUAUAUUAACUUUUUCAGCGAUUGAACUGAGCAGGAUAUAUACACAAGCUGCCUACACUGGGGUUUUACUUGUGAACUUUAAAGUAAAUAUUUAAUGAAUAUGAACUGAUUGUCAAAUAUAUAUAGUUUCGAGUAUAUUUGUACUUGAACUAAGCCACACAAAACGAAAACACCCUAAGAAGUAAGAUGACGACUCCGACAGCUGACUGGAAACAGCUUAUAUUUCAGAACUUAAAGGCAAGAAAUAGAAAAGAAACAUAUGAAUUUGCCGAUCUUAUCGACUCACAAAACAAGCUGUUUGAGCAAGUGACUGCCCUCAAGUCUCGCAACAUGCAGCUGACCCUGGAGACAGAGAAGUUGAAGGCAGAAAACCUCAGUCUGCAAGUGAGAGUUGAUUCAGGUGGGCCAGGCAGUGGGGUCCCCAAUGAAAAAGUUCAGCAGCUGGAACAGAAACUCUUCAAACUGCAUGAGGAACUCACAGAGAUGCACAAGAAGAGAGGAGAGAAUGCCCAGCAGAUCAUUGACCUUAAUGCGGCCCUCAAAGAAAAGGAGAAAGAAAUACUUGUAAAGGAUGGAAAGUUGAGUGAUGCACACUCAACUGAACAGACAUUGAAGAAUGAGAUGAAGAAUCUGGAGAGGACAAUCCUGGAACUGGAGGCCACCAAUCAGACGCUGAAAGACGAACACCAGGCUCUGCAGAUGGCCUUCACAUCCUUGGAGGAGAAACACAAGAAACUGAUGAAUGACAAUGACGAGAUCAUGGCCCGCUGGCUGCAACAGAAAAUGGCCCAGGCAGACGCCUUGAAUCGGGAGAACGAUCAGUUUAUGGCACACAAGCAGAGGAUGUUGCAGAAACAGUUGGCAGAGGCUGCACUGGAGCCUGUGACUGUCACAGAGCAGACAUCAGACAUUGCUGGUAUACCCCAGAUUUGCCUCAAUGCUUCCAUACCAACUAAAGCUCAACAAAAAUUAGAUGCUCACGAAGGGGAGGUCAAUGCAGUUCUGUGGUCACCUACGGGUACCAUGUUUGCCACAGGAGGCUCUGACCGUAAAAUCAAACUCUGGGAUUUCAGUUUAGGUCAGUGUCAGUGCAAAGGAUUCCUAGCGGGCAGCAAUGCUGGGAUUACCUCCCUUGAGUACGACAUAGACGAGGCAAACAUUUUAGGGGCCUCAAACGACUAUGCCUGUCGACUGUGGUCUCUUAGCGACCUUAGAUUACGACACACAUUGACAGGUCACAGUGGUAAGGUGCUGUCUGCCAAGUUCCUGGGGGAGAGCAGCAAGGUGGUCUCUGGCAGCCAUGACAGGACACUCAAGAUAUGGGACCUACACACCAAAGCAUGUUCAAAAACUAUAUUUGCCGGGUCAAGUUGCAAUGACCUUGUGACCUUGCAUGGCACUCACAUCAUCAGUGGCCAUUUUGACAAGCGUAUACGCUUUUGGGACACGAGGUCAGAUAUCACCAGCAAUGAGAUUGGACUCCAAGGCAGAAUUACCUCCCUUUCUCUGUCCCCAGAUCGAAUGUCAUUACUUGCCUGUACUAGAGAGGACACGUUGAAAGUCAUAGACCUCCGACAGAACCAGGUUAUCAACACACUAUGUGAUGAGAACUUCAAGGUUGCAUCUGAUUGGACGAGAGCAGUGUUCAGUCCUGACGGGACGUACGUGGCGGCCGGGUCGCAGGACGGAACGCUCUUCAUUUGGAACAUCCAGAAAGGCAAAGUGGAAAAAACACUCAAAGAGCAUACGCACUCUAUCCUUGCUUGCUCAUGGCACCCGGCUGGCUCAUUCAUCCUCACCUCAGAGAAACAGAAGAAGGUCAUUCUGUGGGGAGACAUGUAGAGGUCACAGCACUUGGGUCAAGGUCAUCGGUGGUCAGCUUUGUGAUUGCACAGAGCAGCUAUUGCCAAAGAUAAUUGAGGUCAUUACUAUGUAUGUGAUCUCCUAAGAUCAUCUUUGUACACGUGGAGGUCAUAUGAAGUCACGGCAACAUUGCUCACGGUCUUCUGAGGUCAGCUGCUUGCAUGCACAGGUGACCUAUUUCAAAAGAUCAUGUGAGGUCAGAGAUAUAAAGGAGAGGUUUUUUGAGGUAAUCAGUGCACAUGUAGAAGUUACCGGUGGACAUCAACAUACAUGUAAAGGUCAUCUUAAUAUUUCACCUGAGGCUAUCUCUUUUAUGUUGACAAUUGUUGCAAGUUGCCAGCAAAUAAUUACUGCAAUACAUUAAUAACUUGCAUACAUAGUAUAACUAAGUCAAAUCUACUUCAUUUUCUUUAAUCAAGUUUUAUGUUAAUUUUUGUGCGGAUGGAUACUCGCUAUGUGGCAAUGUAAUUUUAUGGAAAUGUUCAUGGAAUCAAAUUAAAAGUUGACUUAAAUCUGCAAUAAGAAGCUACUGUUAGAAAAAUGUAUGUUAUUGUUGACAAUUAAAUUUUCUUAUUGUGAAUUUAAACAUAAACAUAUUUUGUAAUGGGGAAGAAAUAAUAUUUGAAGUGUGGAAAUGGUUCAAUAUUAUCAUCAGGAUUUUAAAAGAAAAUAUAUCAGUACAUGUAAUACUGUUCUCAGUAUUUUAAAUUAGCUAGCUGAGUUAGUUGAGGGUUGGACUGCAAAAUGGAGGAUAGCGGGUUUGAUCACCAGCCAAUGCCACCUUUUAGUUACUGGCAUAAUUAUAAGCACUCUGUACAAGUAAACCAGCUAUCCUAGAUAAAGUGUGAGUGGUAAACUGACUGCCAUUAUAGUACUACUAGUAAAUAGUUUCAAAAAGGGGAAAAGUUCCACAUAAACAAAUUAACUUUGUAAAAGGGGGUAAACUUUGCUUUGUGCAUGCAGAUGGUGCUUGGCAAAGUCAUUUUUUGUAAUUACCUGUCUUAUAUAACCAUAAAUUAUCAGGCAAAUGUUAAACGUGUUUCUUUUAUGGUUUUAUAUAUUUAUAAGUAAUCUGACUUAAAUAAGUGGGGUCUUUUUAAAUAAAACACAAGCAUCUUGAUAGGAAUUCCAUAUUUCCCAGUUUAUGCAUUGAACAGUGGUGAAAUAAGACAACUUGUAUUCGUUAAGUAUCCUAAAUAUUUGUAAUGUUCAAAGUGACAUUUCAGAAAACCCAUUCUAUUUUUAAACACGCACAGGACACCUAUGUUAUGCUAUGUAUUAAUGCGUAUCUUUGCACAUUUGUUUAAUUUUGAGCGAGGCUGUUUUCGGAGAAAACCCGAGCUAUUGUCAUAGCCAGCUCGCCGUCCGCCGUAGGCGUCAUGCUCAAACCUUAACAUUGGCCAUAACUUUUUAAAUAUUGAAGAUAGCACCUUUAUAUUUGGCAUGCAUGUGUAUCUCAUGGAGCUGCACAUUUUGAGUCGUAAAAUUUCAAGGUGAACAUCAUCCUUCAAGGUCUAGGGUGCAAAAAACAAAGUAAACGGAAGUAAUAAGCUUUAAAUGGACAUACUUAUCUGACCUGCCCACGUAUAUAUUUUUGUUAAAUAAAUCAAAGCGGGGCAGUCGGCGGCAUUGUGUUUCUGACAAACACAUUGUGGUAAAAGGUCAAGGUCAAGGCCAUCCUUUACGGUCUACGGUAAAAAAUACAGAUUUAAGGGAAGUAAUAAGCUUUAAAAAGGGAGAAAAUUAUUCAAUAUUAAACAUAGCCACUUUAUAUAUUUGGCAUGUGUUUCUGACAAACACAUCUCUUGAUGGGUCACUAGGUCAAAGGUCAAGGUCACUGUGACCUCUAAAAAAAAUAUAUAAAAAUUCUGACAAGCUUUCGCAGCCAAGCGUGGCACCCGUUAUGUGGUGCUCUUGUUUGAUCAUAUCAUAAUAACUGGAAUAAUUAUUGUACAUUAAGUUGGUGUUAUAGUGGGCUGUACUGCACUUGUUGAUUGUCAACCCAUAUAAACACCACAAUCGUGAAAUAUUCUUAAAUGUAAGUGUAUUGUUUUAAGAAAAUUGGGCAUAAUGCAUGUGCGUAAAGUGUCGUCCCAGAUUAGCCUUUGCAGUCAUCCUUUAAACGAAAUUCCAUAAAAGCAGAAAGUGUUAUCCCUGAUUAGCCAGACUGCACAGGCUAAUCUGGGACGACACUUUACGCACAUGAAUUAUGCCCAGUUUUCUCAGAACAAGGUAUGUGAACAAUAAUCCAAUAACAUCAUGAGAUCAUGUGAUAAACAAUGGAAGUAAAAGACAUGCAAUUUGGUGUUUGUGGAUGGGUAAAUACUCACGCAGAUAUAGCCAGGGCAUCUAAAGGUGCAUUUGAACCUCUUCAAAAAAUUGGGCUUGGCUUUGUAUGAAAAAAGCAUUUUUUUUUUAUUAAAUCAUAAUCAGGAUGUUAUUUUUCCAAUUAUCUUUCACGAACAAAUGAGUUUAGCCAGUAAAUUAAUACACUAGACCAACAAUUUUAAUUUAGUAAAAUGUAAUAUUAAGUGAAAGUAUUUAAGAAAUUAAUUAAGAUUUUUUGCAACUAUUGACCUUGUUGUUCUUGAAAAAAAAAUCGUUUUGGUUUAGAUAAUCUCUUGAAUAUUAUAUAUUUAAAGGAAUGUUGGAGAUUUUAUAAUGAAUAAACAUGCAGUUUAUGUUUCAAUUAUUUGCAUUUAUUUGUCACACUUGAUUAUGUCUGGACUUAUAGUCCCCAACUAUCUCUCUUAUCCCUAAAACUAAGCAUUAAAGAAUAUACUUGAAACCAAGAACACUGUUCAUUAUACCCCUGCAGGAAGGGAAGGGUAUAUAGGACUCAGUCUAUCAGUUUGUCAGUCAGUCUGUGUAAAUAUUUGGUGGGAAAUGCUUCCAAAUUUAUCAAGAGAUUAACUUGGAACCUAAUAUGUUAUCCAAAUGAAGUGUGUAUGUGCAAGACACUUAUCAACCCCAGUAAUCCACACAUUCCAGAGUUAUUUUCCCUUAAACAUUUCUGACAAAGAGGUGCGGGGUAUUGGUCAUGUUUGUGACAAAGCUAUGGUUGGAAUACAACUGCAAGUUAUUUUUCACAUUAAUGAUUUAAUGAUUAUCACUUAAAUUUAAUCACUUAAAAUUUUCUUUGUUAUUUGUAAUUUGUUAUCAAAUGAUAUAUUUUCAUGAGUUUUGUUAUAGUGAAAUCAAGUGUAAUUAGUUCAUUAAGGGUGUAAUGAAGGUCUUAUUUAAUGAUACAAGUCUGUGUUUUUGCAAGUAUGGUAAUUAUUUAUUGAUUUGUGUUCAUAAUGAAUUAUUUUUAUGUAUAUCUGCAUGUGUUACUUUUGUUACUUUGUUAUUGUAACACUGUUAUCAAUUUAAAUGAAAUGCAUUAUGUAUGUGUUAUGAAUCAUGUAUCCUAUACGUCUGAUAAAGUCAAAGAACGAUAA